CCCCGCCCCUCGGGGCUGGCGGCUGACGCGGGAGGGUGGAGGCGCCGCGUUCGCCCCCGCGCCGCCAUUUUGUAUCAGCGCCCGUAGCAGGAUGGAGUCGAGCAACCGGGAGAGGAGACCGCCCACUGCACGCUGCCACCGCUGCCCCGCCGCCCCUCCACGGAGCGCCGCUCCGCAGGCUCGACCGCAACACUGGGAGCGCUGAACAGCCUUCUUGGACCUCCGCUCAUGGAGCCGAGCGCACGGGAACGCGUCGGUCCCGGGGCCCGGCUGGGCUUCACCGCGGCCUGGCCUAAGGUGACCGGGCCCAGCGCUGCCUCAGGCGGCGCCUCGCCUCAGGCGAGCCCGCCCUUCUCCUGGCUGCGGCUGAUGUCGCAGCUCCUUUCCCCGCUGCCCGCCUUGCUGCAGCGGCUGCUGCCCGGCCCCGCGGUGAGCAGUGCUCUCUGCCCCGCCGCUCCUCAGCCGCCCACCAGAGCCCCUCAGCAGCCGCUGCUGCUGUCCAAGCCGGACUCCUCGACGGACUGGACCGAAGAGACUCUGCUGUGGACGGAGGAAACGCUGGAGAAGGGGGGAGAGGGUGAGCGGGAGCCUCCGGCAAGGCUCUGGGGAACCGCGGUGUCCCUCCCGGUGCCACACUUGUACGUGUUGGGUUCAUCCCAGGGCCCGGCUUGCUGCUCCGGUAAGAGCCAUCUGCCUCAGCCCCUGCGAACCGAGGUCUCGGCCAAGGCCUGGCGAGGCUGCCCGGCCCGGGGCGGGUUGCCGGAGGUUGAGUUUCUCCGCAGCAAGCGUUUGGCUUUCCUCCAGCGCUGGCAUUUGGCGAGCGGUACCUUGGCCGUGCCAGACCCCGACCAUGGGUAUCACAGCCUGGAGGAGGAGCAGCAGAACAAGGGAGUUUGUCAAGCAGAGGUAGGGCACCAACGGGAGCAGCGGUGUGAUGCCGGGGAGUUAAAGGGAGGUGAAGAGCCGGGAAGACAACCUGGAGGUGAUUCCUUAGAGCAGGAGGUGAUAAAGGGUUCAGCUGAAAAGAAGGCACUUGAAGGGGAAGCUUUGAUUGAAGAGGAUGCGGAUGAUGACUCCGAAAUAGAGCAAAACCUUCCAGUUUCAUCCAGACCAGCCUGUGCGAAUAAAUUAAUAGACUAUAUUAUAGGGGGAGUUUCCAGUGAGGAAGAGAGUGGUGAUGACGAGGAGGACUGGGAUGAGGAUGGUGAUGAUGAUGAUGAUGGGUUUGGCAGCGAAGGGCUCCCCUCAGAUUCAGACGCUGGGAGCCAGGACGGGGAAAGGCUUCAUCUCUGGAAUUCCUUCUACAGUUUAGAUCCAUACAACCCUCAGAACUUCACAGCCACCAUUCAGACAUCUUCCAGCAAUCCAGGGAAGGAUAUAUCGGAUGUGGAGGAGGAAGAGGGGGAAGAUUCUUCAUGGGCAGAGGAAUCUUCAGGCUCUCCUAACCCUAGUUCUGAAGAGGAGGAGGAUGAGUUGGACUGUAGCAGCGUGGAUGAGGCAGAAAACUUGAAACUUUGGAACUCCUUCUGUACCUCAGAUGAUCCCUAUAAUCCUUUAAAUUUCAAGGCAGCCUUUCAUACAGCAGAGAAAAAAGGGACACCUGGCUUAAAAGGAGCAGAGAGGCUAAGUUUGGUGGUUUCUGAGUGUAGUCACUUGACUGUCUGUCGGGUGCAGUUGGAAAAACAUAACUGUGGGGUCACUGACUUUGCUCCGCAGGGCAGUCUUGCUGGUGAAAAAUGUAGAACUCCGAAGAGGAAAAAGGUAACCUUUCUUGAAAAAGUUACUGAGUAUUACAUAAGUGGGGAGGAGGAUCGUAAAGGACCCUGGGAAGAGCUUGCCCGAGAUGGAUGCAGAUUCCAGAAACGUAUCCAAGAAACAGAAGAAGCCAUAGGAUACUGCUUCACAACAGAACACAGGCAAAAAGUAUUUAAUAGACUUCAAGAAACCUACUACAAGAGAGAUGAUCUCUUCUAGCACCUUAAAAGAUCUGAUAGUUGUGUCACCCUCUUACUCAUCAACAUCUUCGGAACAAGACAUGGCAGCUGCAUGUGCUCUUUUGAAAUGAGAAGUAGGAUUUUAACACUUCCCAGUUUGGUAUUCAGCCAACAAAUAUGCCCAUGUGUGUCCCAUUUUGAUAGCCAGGCAAAACCUUUUGAGUGUCAUCAAGGGUAAGGGAUGGUAUAAUUGCAUUCCCUUUAAGUAACACUUGAGAAACAGACUGCUUUAGGUUAAAUCCAUUCCAAAAAUGCCUUGUCCUGCCAUAUGUGGAGAAGUGGUGAAUAUUGAGUUGGAUUUUUGCACUUUGAAAAAGCAAAACCUAUUUUGAAGGAAAUAUUUAUGGAGCUCAGAACCUAGUUAUUGCAGUUUUGAUUUAAAGUUUCUAGAGGUUUGUGCUACUUUCUUGUGGUUCUUCAUUUUCUCUAACUUGUACAAAAGUCUCAACUUCUUUUUGUUUUAGCUAAUAACUUCAGUGUGCAAUCAUUCAUUCCUUCCUUUUAGGAUCCCAGCUUUGCAUGUAAUCUGAUGUUUGGGUAUUAAUUUAAUGCUUUGGUGUGUUAAUAUUUCAGUCUAAGCACACUGGGGGAUUUAGGGGGGCUCUGGUGCACUGCCAACCCUUUGAUCUGUCUUUAUUUCAAUUAUACCUUUACCCAGUAUUGUUCCAAAAUGUGUUGGCUGCUUGUGCACCAACCUCCAUUGCUCUCAAGGCAAUGAAAGGCCUCACCCUGGUCAACAAUUAAAGCUCAAAGAUGCUUAUCAAGGCUGUGGCUGAUGGUUUGAGUUUAGGUAGCCAUGGGAAGGGAACUAGGGCCUAGUUCUUUAUUUAAUCUUUGAGCAACUUCGCCAUAAUUGAUUCUGCUUCUGAAAAGGGAUUGAUGUGGAAAAUGCUUUGUAUUUAUUCUGUCCAAUAUGCUUGUUCUGGUACUUUUAAAGAGAAUUAUCUUUGACUUAUCAAAAUCUAAGCCUACACAUUGCUGUGUUCUUUACCAAAAGCCAGUAUUAAUACCUCUGUGUGUCUGCACUUUCAUUCCUCUAGUACCAAAAUUAAAAUUUCUCAUCUGGGGGCUGCUGUUUGAGGUCCUUGCUGGAAGCAAAACGUUCCUUAAUUAUCUUCUUAACUUCAAAUGUUUCAUUGUUUUUUCAGUCAAGAUAAAAAAGCAGCAUUUGAACAUGUGUUUGGACCCGAAGGAUGUUUUGUGGAUGUUACCCAAGCAGGUAUGAGGUCAGGCAGGGGAAUAAAUACCAGACAUCAAAGACUUCAUACCUGUUUGCAUGAAAUUGCUGGAAUAAGUGACUUCCUAAUUGGUUCACUGAGCUGACUAGUAUUGUUUCCCUUUAUUAAGGGACAAACUUUAAAAGAAAAAAAAACCUCACAACACAACAUUUCAGAUUUGUCAUCUACUAAUUACUUUAGUUUUAAUUUGAAUAGAAGUCUGCAGGUACAGAAGAGUAGAGCUUUACUGAAUUUUCUGCUUUAUUGUGCCCUCUUUUGGCCAGUGCUUUUAGUUGUCUCAAUUUGAGAGGUUUUGGGGUUAUACUUUGUUACAGGAAGUCUUGGCAUUUAAAAGACCCAUUCCUCUGCUACAAAUUACAAGUAUUAAAACUGUGAAAUUCAGAGGCUUAAAUGUGAACCAGAGUAGAGAUGUCCUAUAAACCUAAAAUAGAGCUGAAAGUCAAGCAGAAAUUUACAGACUGGCUGUGCAGCAAUGUUAUUUUUCAUCCCCAUGGCAUUAAAAAAGAAACUGGAUUCUUUUUUCCUAUAAAAAAUAAUUUUAGUUGUGAAGUAGUAAUUCUAACCAUUCGUCAGCUCCUGUUAAGUAACUUAUAAUUUUUAGAAAUUUUUUUUUUUUAAUGUGUCAUAUUUGAUAAGGGGUGUUCUGCUUUUUAGUUUAAAAAGAAGUGUGCAGGAUGAUUAAUGUAGAAUUGCAACCAAAAAUUUGUUGAUUUGUGGCUGAUCAGUAAAGAUGCUGUUGAUUGCUUGUGGUAAAAUACACUCAAGUCAUUUUUCCAUGACUCUCCUUAGGUUCUUCAAGCUUGGAGAACUUGUUGGUGCUUCAGUUACUCUGGACAACUCACAUGGCUUACUGGUGCUUGUAGGAAGCUUUAGGGUGGUGUGAAUUAACACCUGCAAACACUGCUCCACUGUUUGCACAUCUUGGAAAAGGCUGCAGCUGGAAAUGACCAGAAGUGACAAAUUGGGUGUAAACUGGAUUACAAACUGCUACUUCCCAAGCACUUCUGGUGUUUGAGAAAUUGCUUUUUUCCAGCCUGCAGUGUCUUAAGUUCCCUUUUAACACUGAAUACCUGCUUGGGUAACCUUUUCCUUCCCUCACACCUCAUGUUUUCCGAGUAUCCAGUGUAAGGUGACAGGAAAUGAACACUAAACUCAUCACCAUAAAAACCAUCUUCAAGCUAACCUUGGUUGUCACAGUUUUCCCCAUACUAUACCUUAAAGUGAUCAUACGUGUAAGUGCUUUGAGUGUGGCAGUAAAAAUAACACUUACUGAACUUUAAAUCAAAACUGUAAUUACCAGAUUUUAUUUUUGUAUAAUUUAGAGAAGUUAGAAAACCUAUAACAUGGGCUUUCUACAGAUUUUAAUUGAUUUGUGUCAAGUUUGUUGGGUUUUUAUAUCUAUAAAGUUAUAUUUCUGUACAUAAUUAAACUAUUCAGAACUAAUCUGUAAAUUGUAAUAAAGAUAUUUGCAAGAUAA